AGGAGAUCACUCUAUCAAAGUGAAUAUAAAAGGUGACAAAGGCAGCGCCGUGUUCGAAAGCUCCCAGCUGCAACGUGUCAGUAGCGAAGCAGCACUGACCAGCAUGAACCCGACAGAAGGUAGCAUUAAUGGUGGACUCCUUUUGACCAUGAAUGGCAACGGAUUCGAUCGUAUUGAAUCGACUACAGUAUCAAUUGGUCAAGUACCAUGCAAGGUUACUGAUGUAACAACUUCAGUGGUAAGGUGCAAGACAGGAAGCCAAGCUGAAGGUUCGUAUCUUGUAACACUGAGCUCUGGCGGAAGGAGCUUCCCCACAAAAUCGUUUGCAACAAAUCCUGCAUCCACGCCCGUGAUUAGUUCCGCAACACCGACCCAGGGGAAAGCUGGAGAGGCCAUAACCAUACAAGGAACUGGUUUUUCAACAAACGCCUCUCAAAAUCACCUAAAAAUUGGUGGAACCGAUUGUCAGGUCACGGCUAGCACGGAGACAACUAUCACUUGUACCCCUCAGCCCAAAGCAGCUGGUACCUACGCCGUCACCCUUCACGUUCAGGGUAAAGGCUAUGCCACAUCUACCACAAAUUUUACAUACCAGCUAAACAUUGAUUCUGUUAAACCUAGCGAAAGCGGGUUCGGUGGCGGGAAAGUCUUGACCAUAACUGGCUCUGGGUUCGAUGGUGAGCUAAACGUGACAAUCUGUGGUAACCAGUGCGAGAUUUCUAAGAACCACAAUCUGACGGAUGCUAUAAUCCAAUGCGAAGUCCCGCCUAAGACUCAAUCUGCACCAGGAGCCGAUGAUACGUGCGAUUUGGUUGUAAUGGUUACCAGUAAGAAUCCAGAUAACACAUUUCAGACUGUCGAGAAGACUGAAUCCUCUGUAUAUACCUAUAAAGAUGCUCUAACCUCCACCAUCACCGGUGUUUCACCAUCACGAGGCGGCACAGGAGGUGGUGUGGUACUUACCAUUACUGGUACUGGCUUUAGCACCACACAGAGCCAGAACAAAGUCACCAUCGACGGUACCAUGUGCUUGGUGACCUCAGCGACAACGACAGAACUCAAGUGUACCACAGGUUCACAUCACAGAACCAUCAGGACAAAAGUAAGAGUUGACGUUGGUUCAAAUGGUGCGGCAGUUCAAGAAAAUGCUGAUUUCUACUAUGUCGAUGUCUGGUCAUCAAAAUACACCUGGGGCGGUCGAGAUCCUCCCGUUGAAGGAGAUUUUAUCGUGAUCAAUAAAGGACAAACUAUGGUCCUCGAUGUAGACACGCCGGUUUUGGCUUUCCUGUUGAUCAAAGGAGGAACAUUCAUGUUUGAUGAUGAGAAAGACAUUCACCUUCAGAGUAAAUUUAUAUUGAUUACCAGCGGUGGUUCGUUCAUGGUUGGCAGUGAAAAAGAGCCUUUCAAACACAAAGCAACGAUUACAAUCCAUGGUCACGUCAGAUCGAAGGAGAUUCCCGUAUAUGGCGCGAAGAGUAUCGCGCUGAGAGAAGGAUACCUUGGACUGCAUGGACAACAUGUGCUGCACACGUGGACAGUGAUCAUGAAGACUGUAUAUCCCGGAGAUAAAGAAUUGAAGCUGAAGGACGCUGUCACAUGGAAGCCCGGCGAUAAAAUCGUGAUCGCCCCCACCGGGAAAAAUAUCAGAGAACACGAGGAGGUUAUGGUAGUUGGGGUUCAACAGGGGGGGAAGGUUAUUCAAGUUUACCCAGCUUUAAAACACAAGCAUAUCUCAAUAGUGCAGACAAUAGGAGGAAGAACGAUUGAAACUCGGGCGGAGGUUGGUUUGUUGACGCGAAAUGUGGUCGUACAAGGCUCCGAGCAUGAUCAAUGGAAGGGAACCAUCCAGGCGUGUCCCAAGGAUUUCGAACCCGGUCAGUUCCAAACUCAAACGUGCUUCUUGGGAAAGUUCGGUCAAGAGCCGGCAAGCGAUGAGUUUGGGGUUCAAAUCAUGAUUCACGCACCAAGGAAGAGCGCAGGGAUGGUCAGAGCCCAGUUUAACCACGUUGAAAUCCGUCACGCUGGACAGGCAUUCAGGAUCGGACGCUAUCCAAUCCAUUUCCACGUAAGCGGUGAUGUCGAUGGUUCUUAUGUGAAAGGCUGUAGUAUUCAUCAUUCGUUCAACCGAGCAGUUACCAUGCAUGGUAUCAACAACCUUGUCGUUGAACGGAAUGUGUUCUAUCACGCGCGAGGCAACGCGUUUUUCAUGGAGGAUGGAAUAGAGACGGGGAAUGUUAUUCAGUACAACCUCGGGAUCUUCGUAACUUCUUCGACUUCAACUCUAAACGUGGAUGUCACUCCAGCCUCGUAUUGGGUGACAAAUGCGAACAACACUGUCCGUCAUAAUGUUGCUGCAGGUGGCAGCCAUUUUGGUUUCUGGUAUCAAAUGUUCAAGCAUCCAGACGGCCCGUCGUUCACUCCAGACGUGUGUCCACGGAACGUGUUUAUGCACGAGUUCAGGAACAACACUGCGCACUCGUUUGGUCGAUACGGGCUGUGGGUGUUUCCAAUUUACCAUCCAAAAACUGGAGGAAAAUGCAAGUCGACGAUAGCGGAACCGGCCGAAUUCCAUUCCUUCUUGGCUUGGAACAACAUGCGUGGGGCUGAAGGUGUACAAAUGGGGGCGGUUAAAUUUGUAGACUUCAUCAUGAUGGAUAACGACCUUGCCGGAAUCGAAUAUAUCGACUCAAACAGCGACUUUCCACCGUGGGGCGGGCCGAUGAUCAAGGAUUCUUUGAUAGUGGGUCAUAGUAAAGUGUCCUCUGAAGGAUUACCCAAAGCACUGAAGACUAACACUGAUUGUACAACAAGUGGACUCAUGUUACCGAAGACCUCCAAAUUGACCGUACGCAAUGUGACGAUGGUGAACUUCGACCGAAAAGGGUGUGCCGCUUUUGAGGCAUGCGCACACUGCAUUCCUUUCUGCCCGUUCUGUGGAGGAUGGACUGUGAAGUUUGAGAAGAUGACGUUCAUAAAUGUAUCGAAACGUUCACGAUUCAAGUGGAGGCAUGAAGUUGUGUUCAAAGAUCUGGAUGGAUCACUAACAGGAACUCCUGGAGGCAGUAUCACACCAACAAAUCGAAAUCUUCCACCAAGCGCCUGCACCUCCUCCGCAGAAGACAGCUUGGGUGGGGUUCCAGGAAGCAUCUGCGAUAACACAGUAAAUUUCAAAAGAUUCUCGUUCAACAAUGCAGCACCUCAAUCCCUUGUACCACUGGACGCCUUGUUUGAAAACGACCAUGGCAUCGACUCGGUUCCGUGGAAGUUCAAAGGAAUCACUCACUCAAAGAGCUGGACAAUCACCCUCAUAAACGGCAGCGACUACAAAUUCAGUUUCAAGAAUCUAACUCAAGUUACAAACAUCACCUACUCUGGAGAUUUCUAUGAAUUCGAUAGGUACGAUCAUGUCCGCAUCACACACGUCUUGAGGCAAGAGCCAGACUAUUUUGUAACAACUGGUCAUCUUCAAAAUUUCUCGGAAAGCGUUCCUCCAACCAAUGGCUUUCAUGGUGAAUGGGGAUUUGUUAACAAAACAAAAGAGUUUACUUAUCUGGUAACAGGAAAAGACAACACAAGAGAUCAGAAUAAUAAUUUAAACGAAAAGAGCGUCGCACUUCGAAUCUAUCGCUGUUUUUAUCAAAAUUGUAUCGUUCCCACUCCACCCCCGCCAACAGAAGGCCGUCCGGAAACUUUCCUGCGGUGGUCGCGAGCCGAGGACUGGAUCACGCAAGAGCCAGGUUACGGCGGUUAUAACGGAGUGUUGCCGAAAGAUAACGAAAACGUGUUGAUCCGUUCUGAUUGGUGGAUGGUCGCUGAUACCCAGUUCCCCACGCUAAACCGGCUCAUAAUCCACGGUGUGCUGGAGUUUGAGAAUGACAAAGAUUAUGUGCUGAAUGCGUCUAUUAUAUUCAUCAUGGGAGAAAGAGCAAGGUUGAUUAUCGGCUGGAGAGACAACCCCCAUCCUGGCAAUGUACUCAUUUCUUUACAAGGAAACUGGGAUUCUCGUGACAUGCCGCUAAAUAACGGGCCUAAUGUAGGCUCAAAAGCAAUCGGCGUAUUCGGAUCCCUUGAAAUGCAUGGUAUGCCGCGCGAUGUGUACUGGACCCGACUCAACAAAACCGUCGAAGCAGGGGAGAACGUUCUUGAACUGGAGGAGAAAGUAGACUGGAAACAAGGAGAGGAGAUCGUGAUUGCUUCUACAACAUUCGAGGCUAGACAAGCAGAAAGGGUGACCAUUGAUUCUGUAAGUGGAAACAAAGUGACUUUAAAAGAAGCCCUGAAGCACAAACACGUCAGUCAUUUGGAAAUCCUACCUGAUGGACGAAAAUACAAGCUGGCUGCUGAAGUUGGUCUUCUCACGAGGAAUGUAAAGAUUGAGGGAGCGAACAUUCCCGUGGGGUCUAUCCCUAAGCAAGAUUUCGGAUGCAGGGUGAUUGUUAGUAAAACGAUGGCAAAUGGAAUUGAGUACGUCGGCAAGGCAAAGAUUCAGAAUGUUGAGUUUAAAAAUUGUGGGCAGAAUGGUUGGACUGAUAGCUACGAUCCAAGGUAUUCUCUGGCCUUUCUGGACAUCAAGACCACAUCAACAAACGACUCGUACGUCAAAGGAAACUCGUUCAACUACAACUUCAACACGGCUUUAGGAGUAUUCGCUACCAACAACCUGUUGGUUGAGAACAACGUGAUUUAUUUCACGCUCGGAGCGUCGAUGAGAGUCGAAGGAGAAAUGAACAGAUUGAUCCAUAAUUUGGUGAUCUAUUCAGCUUCGUUAGCAACAUACAAAGAUCGAAUGGACGCCUUGGAUCCACACUGGCCUGGAGCCAUCGACACGGAAGAAGCCCAAAGUGUCGUACUCAUUAAUAAUGCUAUUGGUGGCAGUGAACGGGUUGGAUACCUAACAGACGGUGAGUCAUGCAAUACACCAGCAAACUCGCCUGACAGAUGGCGUGGAAACACAGUCCACGGUGCUUUGCAAGGCAUAACGAUCAUGUACAGUCAAGGCUAUCCACGGUGUGCCCGGAUCUCUGGUUUCCUGGUAUGGAAGAACUACGACUGGGGUCUCUUCUUCUACACCAAAUCUCGCAUCAUCGUCACAGACUCCGUGUUUGCAGAAAACACAAAUUCCAUCAACCCUCAUGUCUUUGCGCCCGCGGCGCUUAGUCAUGUCACCGCUGACAAGUUUGUCCGCGUGCUCAAUACGACGUUCAUUGGUCGAACUGCAAGCUGGGAUUGUGCCAUAGAUAAGGUGGCUCCGAAAACAAGUGUAGUGAAUUCCAAACAGAGAGCUAAGAAGACCCCCUCAGGUGGUUUAGUUGGCUUGAUGAUGACCGGGUUUAUGUCGAGAAAAGCUGGCGGUCCAAAGAUGAGAUGGGAUUCGCCAACCAGCUAUCCUGCAAUUUAUGGCAUCACGAAGUUGAUCGAUGUAACUUUUGCAUCAUUUGGCGAGGCUUGUGGAGCUCGGGACAUAGCGAUCAUGCCAAACCCCAUAAUUGGCGAUAUUAUGCAUCCUUUUACUGUGGAGAAACUUAAGAAAUUUAAUGUGGAUCAUGAAUCAUUGCUUUUCUACACUCGACCGACCUUAGGAUGGGUGAAUCCCUCGGACUGUGUUGAUAUGGACUGCGAUGGAAGGCGACAGCUUCUUAUAACUGAUCUUGAUGGAAGUUUAUCUGGAAAGGCAGGCAAUACAAUCAUCUCCAAGGCAGAAUACGAGUGGGGAGAAAAUCCAAGCUUUGGAUUAGGUGAUUACCGAAUUCCAAAGACAGCGCAAACCAACCCGGAUGGAUCUCGUAUCGACAUCAACAGCUAUCUUCCUAACAAAGGAAUAAUUCGAGGCGAUAAUCAUUGCACUUGGAUGAACAACUGGAAUGCUUACAAAUGUUCCGAUAUUGAUCACCUCAUGACUAUUGUUGAAAGCUUGGAUAAGGAUACGGAAACAAGAAGGUUAUCUCCAGUUGCUAUCUUUGGUGACAGUUACGUGAACUUGUUGAACGGCCCCAUGGAUCACGGAUGGUGUCUUGGCUACACUUGUCAAGAAAGGAUUUCAACAUUCUACGCCAUUGUCGCUUCGCACAGAAAUUAUUCCCUGUACUUUACAAACACCAACCCACAAAAAUUGCGCCUCCAUCUCUUGGGAAAAAGAAACAAGGUGAUACGAUAUGCAAUCUUCUACAAGACCACGCAAAGAUUGGACAUCUAUCGAAAAGGGCUUUACAUCAAUCCUACGAAUGCGAAACUAUCCGGAGAAGACUUCACACUAAAGCGAAAGAAUCCAAGAUUACCAAACGAUCAGUUUGAACCACAGUUGACCAGCUUUAGCGGAGCAAAUUACUGGGACCGCGAUACAAACUUGUUGUAUGUUAUCGUGCGGGGCUCUGAACCCAUCGACAUACGAACAUCUCCAGUUAUUCAGGUUAAGCUUGGAGUGAAACCCAUCAGUGUGGACGAGUUCUUCGAGAAGAACCUGGUGGAAAAUCUCGCGGCUUUAUUGGGAAUCGACAAAUCAAAGAUACGAGUGAUGAAUGUUGUCAGCGCAGGUGGAGCGAGGCGAAGACGCGCCGUGCCUGAAACAACGUUUGUCGAAGUUGAGAUUGGUGAUCCACCAGAGACGAGCAUUGAAUAUGACGAGGGUGAUGUUUAUGAUAACAGUACACUCACAAACACCACUGAAGGAAUUGCCACCAAUUAUACAGGUGUUUCAAACGCGACCUCAUUUAAAGAACUGGAGAGUCUUGCUACGGAGCUGGUGGAUCAAUUUCAAACCGGAGGUUUUGAGAAGCACAAUAUCUCAUUACAAUCAUUUGCAAUGAAAGAACCAAUUCCGGAGCCAGUUGACCCGACCGACGGAGUUAGGGCGACCAAUGAAACAGCUCAAGUCACAAACAGCACAGGUAACAGCACCUUACGUUACGAUCAAGUCAACGACAUCGAAGAAAACAACGGACAAGAAACGGUUUACCAAAUUCCCAACGAACUUAUCAUCGUCGAGCAACCUUCUGGAGGAAACGAGGGAGCGAUAAUGGCCACGCAACCCAAGCUACGCAUGCGUGAUGCAAACAACGAGAUUGUCGAGAAUGUUGGCUACGGCGAGGUCGGAGCAUGGGUUGUCAUGGCAACGAUACGACAAGGCACAGGUCACCCUGGGGCGAACUUCACUGGGAACAACACAGUGAAGUUCAUCAAAGGUUGGGCUAAUUUCACGGAGCUGAGUAUCUCACACAGUGGCUCCGGGUACAUCAUUGAUUUCCACGUUUCAAAACCAGAAUCCGCCGAUUUCAAAGCGGCGUCCCAAUCUUUUGACGUGGCGGAAACGCUGGUACGCUUCGCCAUAAGUCAACAGCCAGGUAACGGGGACGAAGGAAUAGCUUUGAGCCAGCAACCGCAAGUGGAAGUUCGCGAUUCAUCGAGCAAUCAAAUCGUUAACACCGGAUGGAAAGGAAGAAGAUGGUACGCCAAAGCCACCCUCGUAGACCCCAACAACAACGGAGCUGUUUUGGGAGGUGCCACGACCGUCGAAUUUUUCGAAGGAGUGGCCACCUUCACGAAUCUAAGCAUCGAUAUCUCCGGGGAUAACUAUCAACUUACAAUCGAUACUAGCACUGAGCCUGACUCGAGUUACAAAGACAAGCUUACCACGGGAAAGUUUGACAUCGCAUACAAUUCUGGAAAUGCAAACACAAAUCCUGUGUUCUCCGAAGCCCUCGCGGGCAUCACUUUGCGAGAGGAUAUCUCAGUUAAUACUUGGGUGGCGAAAGCAAACGCUAGCGAUUCUGACCCAGGUCUAAACGGGGUCCUCGCGUUCAGUAUAAGCUCUGGGGAUUCCCAUGGAGUGUUUACGAUCGACCCAACAACAGGUGACAUUAGAACGGCAAAAACGCCUGAUCUGGAGACAACGCGACAAACCAUUUAUACCCUGACUAUAACAGUCGCUGAUAAAGGCAAUCCAUCAAAGAACGCUUCACAGGUGUUGAAUAUUCAGAUAAGCAGCGUUAAUGAGUUUACGCCAACGCUUAAUGGAAACCAAAGUCAAACUGUCAGAGAAGAUGCAAACGUUUCAACUGCCGUAGGAAAAGUGCAAGCUAGUGAUGGUGAUUUUGGGGAAGAUGGAAUGUUAACAUACUCUUUAGUCAGUGGAAACGAUGAAGGACGUUUUAGUAUCAACAAAACCACAGGUGUACUGAUCCUCGUUAAAAAGCUGGACUACAUCACCACCAGGGAUUAUGAUCUUGGUGUCAAAAUCGAGGACAAUGCUUCAUUGGGUCAGCGACGUUCUUUGACCGUGACCUUCCACGUUGACGUCACGUUCCAUCCACGUGACAGCCAAGACCCGGAAGUGAAGAAAGUCAUCGAACUGACGUUUCCAGAUGUGGAUUACGAUGCGGUUAUACUGGGAAACGAGGCUGAAUUCAUCGCAGCGUUGAAAGGCACUCUGGUCGCAAAGCAUCCUGGUGUGAUUUUCGUGCACUUCGAGUUGCGCAAAGGAAGCGUUAUUGCGACAUUUGAUAUGAUCACGUCAUCAUCGAAUGUCACAGGCGUGGUCAACGAACUGGCCAAUCAGGUCACAUCUGACGGCGGAUUAUCAGUGAGCUUCAACGGUAAUGUUUACACCACAGAUAAGAUGAAAACAGAUGGCAAGGUCUACGAAGCAAGCCCGGAGGACGACGAUGAUUCGAUUGUGGUACCAGUGGCAGUUGGUUCUGUCUUAGGGGCUCUCUUCAUAGUCGCCAUCAUUGCCUUGAUCAUUUUGGCAUGCACUUCAAAAAAACGCAAAGCAAGAGACAAGAUGAGGCGUCCGUCCAUCAACAAAGGCUACCAACCGGAAUUCGAGAUGACAAAUUAUUAUGAGACUCGACCAGGAACAGCCAUCAUCGUUGAACCGCAUAAACAGGCGACACGACUUGGAUCAAGCAUCGGCAUCGCUAAUCGCAGUGUCCAUCCAGAGCAAAGGGUUGAAACUCCUGAACAUUGGCGACCUUCAACACGAACGAGUUCGCAUCACGAGUCAAGGCCAUCCACUGCCAUAUCCCAUCGCAGCAGUCACAGCAACCCACAAAUGAACUGGACUCAGUUUGAGCUCCGACCUACGUCCGGCCUGCAACGGCAGCCGUCGAAUACACCUUCGGAAAUUCUCGUGGAAAUGCCAGUGACUCCAAUCCCAAUGAGAGAGCCAGUGGUUGCUGAGAAGAAACCUGAUUCGAAUACAAAAUUGAAUACGAUGUACGACGUCGUAAAUGAAGUGGCGCCCGCCGGUUUCAUUAAUGAAUAUAGAGGUGGAGGUUAUCGUAAAAUGCAAGUGAACUUGGUUCGUCCUGAAAAAGGUCGUUUGUUUCACAAAAUCUGCGACAUGAAUAUCAACAUGCAAUGGACGUUGAAGGAAUUGAGAGAAAAGUUAAACAGGCAGUUUAGGGCAUUACCGGAGGUGAAAGGGAAUCAAUUUGUAUUUGUUGACAAUGAUUUCAACGACGUGGUACCGUACAAGGAAGAGAAGUUCAGCGUGGCAAGGAUCUUUAAGGCCUAUGUCAGAGUAAAGAUAGUUCGUGGAACAGACGCUUGGAUUCAUUUCUGUCCGUGCGGGAAAAUCGCGACAAUCUGGUGCAAGAAAUGUGCGUUGCGUGGUUACUGUUCAGUGUCAUGUCGUGAGAGAGAUGAGAAAUCACACGACGCAAUGUGCCAACCAAAUUUGGACUUACUCCGAAAAUCUUUAGUCGAGAUAAAAAACUCAACUUCACAGGAAUGAGAGGAAAGCAUUAGGUUCAUCUUAAGGCAUGAUUUAACAGCAGGACUGCUAAUGUUUUAGUGGAGAUACAAAACUCAACAUCACAAGAAUGAGAGGAAAGCUUUAAGUUCAUGCAAAAGAAUGAGUUUAACAGCAGGAUUGCUAAUGCUUUAAUACAUAUAUCUAGCAUUUAAUAUACGGCAAUAUUGUUUUAAAAAUUGCAUAUAAACCACAUUUAUAUACUACACUCAAUUUAUUGGGCACGAAACAGCCAAAAAAUUUGGUAUCUGUACCAAUUUCAUCGGUUGGGUAUACCGGUGCCGAUGUAAAUACACUAUAAUUAUUGCAUUAUAUAUAUUAUCUCUUGCAUUGAGAGCACUGUACAUAAUAUGUUAACAAACAUGAUAUAUGUAGUAAAUAGAAAUGUAAAAUUAGUUUAAUAAAUCAUU